UUAAAAAGUAAAGUUGUCUUAAGUCUUUAGGAGCCAGGUUUCUUUUCCCUACUCUGUCUGCGAGAGUGUCCUGAAGAUCGUUCUGAUGAGAACUUCUCCGUAAAGAGCACAGGCUAAGGGCAUUACAAGUGCAGACAUCUACCUUCAAUCUGAUGGUCCAAAGAUACAGCUGAACCAGUGAAAAGAAACAGCUGUGGCCAGUAGUGCUCCGGUCUCAAGAUGAAGUCCAGACCAAGUCACCCAGAGGCUUUGGUGGCACCCAUUGCCACAACCACCGUGAUGCCUAUCGACACUGGAGAUAACUCAACAGAGGCUGGAGGUCCUGGGGAGGGGAAAGAUGACAUGUUUGAGAAGCUGAAAGAAAAAUUUAUGAAUGAACUGCAGAAAAUUCCAUUGCCACCCUGGGCGUUGAUAGCCAUUGCCAUUGUCAGUGGCCUGCUUCUUCUGACCUGCUGCCUCUGCAUCUGCAAGAAAUGCUGCUGCAAAAAGAAGAAAAAUAAGAAGGAGAAGGGAAAGGGGAAAAAGAAUGACAUCAACAUGAAAGACGUGAAAAACUCAGGUGGAAAUCAGGCUAAACAGGAUGAUGAUGAUGCAGAAACUGGUUUAACUGAAGGUGAAGAUAAGGAAGAGGAACCAAAGGAGGAAGAAAAACUAGGCAAACUGCAGUUUUCAUUGGAUUAUGACUUCCAGAGUAAUCAGCUAACAGUGGGAAUUAUUCAGGCAGCUGAACUCCCUGCACUGGACAUAGGUGGAACAUCUGACCCUUAUGUUAAAGUCUUCCUGCUCCCAGACAAGAAGAAGAAAUAUGAGACAAAGGUUCAGAAAAAGACUCUAAACCCUACCUUCAAUGAAUCUUUCAUAUUCAAGGUUCCUUAUCAAGAGUUGGGAGGAAAGACAUUGGUGAUGGCAGUUUAUGACUUUGAUCGAUUCUCCAAACAUGACUGCAUUGGUCAAGUGACAGUCCUAAUGACCAAAGUUGACCUUGGACAACAGCUUGAAGAAUGGCGUGAUCUAGAGAGUGCUGAGAAAGAAGAGCCAGAGAAACUGGGAGACAUUUGUACUUCAUUGCGCUACGUUCCAACAGCAGGGAAACUCACAGUCUGCAUUCUGGAGGCAAAGAAUCUAAAGAAAAUGGACGUGGGUGGACUCUCAGAUCCCUAUGUAAAGAUACAUCUGCUGCAGAAUGGAAAACGACUCAAGAAAAAGAAAACCACGGUCAAGAAAAACACACUGAAUCCUUACUACAAUGAGUCGUUCAGCUUUGAAAUUCCAUUUGAACAGAUACAGAAAGUACAGGUUUGUGUCACAGUCUUGGACUAUGACAAGAUUGGAAAGAACGACGCCAUCGGCAAGAUAUUUGUCGGCAGUAAUGCCACGGGCACAGAGCUUCGACACUGGUCAGACAUGCUGGCGAAUCCCAGGCGGCCUAUUGCACAGUGGCACUCGCUAAAACCGGAGGAGGAGGUCGACGCAGCCCUUGGCCUCAAAAAGUGAAACCAUUCCCACCUUUCCACAAACUUGUCAUUGAUCAGAUGCUAUCAAUACCUCAGUUAUGCACCAUUCUCCAUUAACCCUUUGGAGGUUACUUGAGCAUCUUUGCACCAUGACAAAUAUAUGCAAGUUUUAUGUGUUUUGUAUUUUUUUCAUUUUUAAGAUUACCGUUACAAAAAGCGUUACAAAUUUGUGUUUUGUACAUUAUGACAUCAACAGUCAAAUCAUAUAAUUUUACACAAUUCUUUAGUCAAUCAUACAUGAAAUAUCUGUUUUGAAAGGUGCAAAUCCAGUACUCAAAGGGUUAACACAUCUUGGAACACAUUAACCACCAUAAUUCAGAAUAAAUAAAUAAGCCAUCUGAGCCUCCAAGUUGUAUUCCAAAUUUCUCCAAAUGCUCCCUUCUACUUUCUGCAGUUUUAGCUCUACUAUAAAACACUUGUUGAUAAUGCAUGAUGAUAAUCUAUUGUAAAUAACAGCAUGUUCAAUGCAAUAUUUGUGUAGGUGUAAGUUGUCCAUGGUUUACAAUCACAUGCAUCUGCUGUAUAUUUUUUAUGAUGAUGCUUGUAUUUUACAUGAUGUUAAUAGACUAGAACAGCUAAAGUGAAACCCAGUCACUUGAUUCACAUCUGAAGACUGGUAGAGCACUGACAUCACAUCAUGGUAUAAAGUGAAGCCCUUAGUGACCAACCAAAGCUUCCUUUCCAAACUUUUUAGACAUUACUAUCUGUACAAUAGGGGACAUUGCAGAGACCUUUGUAAAGUCACAUCUGCCUGAAAGUUUUCAUUUAAAAAUUGGAGAAUGCAGGUUUGGAAAGAAAUCUCUUAGGAUAUAAACCCCUUUAUACCAAGGUGAAAGGGAGAAAGAUAUUCUAAGUGUUGCAUUUGGGUCUCCAAUGCCCUUUCGGCAAUGAAUGAGUAAAACCUGAACAAAAAUGACAAAAAAUAGUGGAUGUUCUUGGGGAGCUUUUAAAGACUGGUCAGUUCAUAUCCCUCAUUGGCAUCUGCAUUGUGCUAAGGGAAAUUCAAAUUAGCUUAACCUGCAAGGUGGAUAUAAUUCUCAGACUAGGUCUUGUUCCCUAAAAAGCAUCUAUAACUCAGGCCACAUCUGUUCCAUUCAGAUAUAAUUCCAGCCAUCCAUAUAAGGAGCACAUUAAUCAUGACUUUACUGUAAUUAUAUGCAGUAGAAUGAUAUUUGUUCAAAACCUAAACAGAAGUUGCCUACCUGGAAAAGCUUGUUUUAAUUCCAUGGUAUCCACAGAGCUAAUGUGAAAAUCAUGCCCAUUACAAUAGGAGUCUCAUGCAUCUAAAAUCAAAAAUAAGUAGAUUGAGUGCUUAUGGAUUCAAGUCUGAUUUAAAUGGGUUUCAUGGGGCAUCAUGGAAUUUGGAAGGAGGAUAUUCUACAUCAUACAUUAAUUAGAGAUGCAAAACUGGUAUGAAAUAUGGUUUAAGGGAAAAGAUUUGCAUAAUUCACACAGCAAAUUCUCAAUCUGUUUAUUAUUCACAUCGUUUAGUUUGAGUUGAAAAGGAUAUAGUAGCCAGUUAGCAGCAAGUCACAGAAUCUCCUUCCCACCUACCCAAUGUCUCCCUGAUAACGUGAUGUUGCACUUUGCCAGUCUGCUGCUGCUGAUCAUUGUGUGUACACUGUUAGGAUAGGAACAAUUGCUGAAAGCAAUGUAAUGUUAACAUUAACACGCAAAGAAUAAAAUGCACUGAUGUCUUUAAGAUUUCAAAACGACUGAAGAAGUUACCAUGCAUUGCAAUUUUGAUAGUCAAAAUUGAUGGUCUGUUUGUACAGUAACAAAUCUUACUAAUGAAACUGCCUAGGACUGAUUUUUUGAUGGAUUAUUAUAAUAUUACCUAUCGCUUUAAAAAAGAUUGCAAUCAUUAAAAUUUUACUGUACAGAG